ACCAUGGUGCCAGCCUCCACUGCCCUGCUCCUCUCCCUGCUCCUGCUCCCCAUGGCGGCGGCGGCGGCCAUGGACGCAGCCGAGAGGGAGACUCUGUUCCGCGUCAUGGAGGCCGUCUCCGCCGACCGGGAUUGGCGAUCCGAGAGCCCUGAUCCUUGCAGCGCGCCGUGGCCGGGGCUCGAGUGCAAGCCGGCCGGCACCGGCGCGGGUGGCGGCAAUGCAGCCGCCUCGGCGCUGAUGCACGUCACGCGGCUGGACUUCGGCGUGGAGCCCAACCCGACGUGCAAAGACGCGGCCGCCUUCCCUCCCGAGGUGUUCUCCCUGCCCCACCUCCAGUCCCUCUUCUUCGUCGACUGCUUCACGAACCCGGCCGCCGCCACGACGCUCACCUUGCCGGCGCCCGCCAACCUCUCGUCGUCCGGCCUGCAGCAGCUCAGCAUCAGGGCAAACCCGUCGUUGUCCGGCACGAUGCCGCCGGAGCUGGCCAGCCUCCGGUCUCUCCAGGUGCUCACCAUCUCCCAGAACGGCCUGGUCCGUGGCGAGAUCCCGCAGGGCAUCGGCGAGCUCACGUCGCUGGUGCGCCUCGACCUCAGCUACAACUCGCUCACCGGGCCGGUUCCGAGCCAGAUUGGCGAGCUGAAGAGCUUGGUCGGUCUGGACCUGAGCUACAACUCGCUGUCCGGCGUCAUCCCAAGCCCGAUCGGCGGGCUGCGGCAACUGCAGAAGCUGGACCUCAGCUCGAAUAAUCUCACCGGCGGCAUCCCUGACACUGUCGCCAACCUGACCUCGCUCACCUUCUUGGCGCUCAGCAACAACGGCCUGACCGGCCAUUUCCCUCCUGGUAUUUCCGGGCUGCGAAACCUCCAGUACCUGAUCAUGGACAACAACCCAAUGGACGUCCCGCUGCCGUCCGAGCUCGGCAGCCUCGCCCGUCUCCAAGAACUCCGGCUGGCCAGCUCCGGCUAUUCGGGCCCGAUACCGGAGGCGUUCGGUCGGCUGGUGAGCCUGACGACGCUGUCGCUGCAGGACAACAACCUGACGGGGCAGAUCCCGGCGGCGCUGAGCAGGCUGGGCAGGAUGUACCACCUGAACCUGAGCAACAACGGGCUGGGCGGGGCCGUGCCGUUCGACGGCGCGUUCCUGCGCCGGCUCGGCCGGAACCUUGACCUGAGCGGCAACUCGGGACUGUGCCUGGAGGACCGGAGCAUCCUGCGUGGCGUAGGCGUCGGCGUUGGCUCAUGCCGCGUCGCUGGCGGCGGCGAUGGCGAUAGUUCGUUGUUGCGCAGCUCGGCUACGUGGAGAGGAGUGAUGAAGAGGGGUGGCGGUUCCCGGUUCGGGCUGCUCGGCCCUGCGUGCGUGGUGGUGUCCUGCCUUUUUGCCUUGAACGAGUACGCACCGUAUUGA